AUGGCGGCGGAGCUGCAGGAGCUGCGGGCGCUGGUGGAGCGGGUGGGCGGACGGCAGACCGUGCUGUUGGUGGCCGAGGUGGUGGAUGGGCUCCCGGUGGCAGCCACGCUGGCCGCCUUCGCCUGCGACCUCCUGGGUGACGAGACGCCGCCGGGGCCGGGAUGCCAGUCCCGGCGGCGGGCGGUUGGCGGGCGGCGGGCGCUGGGAGCGCGGCUGCUGCUGGUGCUGUGCCGCGGUGGGGCGGCGCGGAACCGGCGGACCCGGGCCCGUCUGCGGGAGGUGGUGCGGGACGUACGCAGCCGCCUGCCCCCGACACCGCCGCCCGCCGUCGUCGGCGUCCUCCUGCCCGGUGGCGACGGGGAGGACGCGGCGGUGCUGGACGCUGCGCUGCAGCGGCACUUCCCGGCGUGCGGCACUGUGCAGGCGGCCCGGUACAGCCCUGGCAGCCCUUCAGCCGUGCGCGACUGCCGCGCCGCUGCCUGCCGCGCCCUGCGGGCCGCCCUGCAGCACCCCGCAGAAGAGGGGAAAGACAGGCAGAGGUGGAGGUUUCCAUCCUUCCUGCGGUGCAUUUCUUGGAGCCAGAGGAGCCAGAGAAAAGGUCAUGAAGCAAAAGCUGCAAACAAUGUUCAUGAAGAUGACCUGCAGGACCCUGAGGAAGAAGUGGCUCUGACCAGCUUGUCUCCCAAUGGAAACUGUGAAGAAGCUGCUGGACACAGAGGCACCUAG